AUGGCAAGACAGAGGAACCCACGAUCUGCUUCAGAUAUCAGGUGCCCAGUGACUGGUAAAGCUGUUUUUCACAUCCGGGAGUUUGAGAAAACCUUGGAGAAAAUGAAUGGUGAAGAGAUCAAGAGAGGAGUCUCAAUAAGCCCAGCCAAGAUUAGGACAAGGAGGCUUUUGAGCGGACCGGGAUCAUGGCCGCCACGGUGCACGUCGAAAUGCGGCCGAUGCACGCCGUGCAAGCCAGUUCAUGUGCCGGUGCCGCCCGGCACGCCGGUGACAGCGGAGUAUUAUCCAGAAGCUUGGAGGUGCAAAUGUGGCAACAAGUUGUACAUGCCCUAA